AUGGAAAGCAUUAAUAUCAAGACUGAAAAUCUGGGUCAUGGAAUCCCCAUGAACUCCAUCCCACUUGGAGACGUUCCAGGCUCGUUUGUAAACGGAAGUGUCGGUGGGAGUGGAUCAGAAAGACCCAUGACACAUCAGUUUGGUAGUGCAUAUGAUAAUGGUAAUACUGGACAUGCAGCUCACGGUGGUCACAUCGGUAUGGAGUCGACUUGGCAAGAUUAUUUGUCACCAUUUUUCCAGCCUUUCGGAGUGGAUGCGUCGCACCUGCCCCUUACCAACCCUCCUAUUUUCCAGAGUUCGCUUGCCAACUGCUCCGAUGGACCGCGUAGACGGAGAAUCUCGAUCUCGAACGGCCAGAUAAGCCAGUUGGGCGACGAGACUGGAUCUGUCGAAGACCUGUAUUACUCACAGCCUCCUCCAAUGCCUCUGCGGCACGAACCGAUGAAAUCCAUGCCACGCACAAUGGUGAAGUAUCAGAAAGAUACUCCAGUGUCAAAUAUUACGGUUCCACCUCAUUCCAACGCACCGUAUGUAACGCCGUCCAGCUCCACAGCCGUGAAUGACGGCGUUGGAGCGAUUGAUAGCGUAGUGAACCAUGCGCUGCCGACUCCUUUGUCUACUUUUUCAGACGCUGUGACCAAAAAAGGCGACUCUUUAGAAGGGGAUGGACUUGUCGGAGUCCCUCCUGUUCAACCACCACAAUAUGGACUCCCAUUUGAAAGCUAUCAAGGCGAAAUGAAUCAACAAGCUAGGUUUUACAGACCUUAUCACCAGGACCCUCUACCGGGCACAUCUGCGUGGAAAAGGGCUAGACUGCUUGAAAGAAACAGAAUUGCUGCAUCGAAAUGCAGACAAAGAAAGAAAGUGGCACAGCAGCAGCUCCAGAAAGAUGUGCAUGAUCUUAGUCGAGUCAAUAGAGACCUGAAAAGGAAAAUUGAUUACUAUGAGAAGUUAGUUUCCAAGUUCAAAAAGUUUACCGAGAUUCACAUGGCGACCUGUGGCGGAUCCAAAGAGCAGCUCAAUAUGAUCGAAGAAAUGUUGAAGAUUGAUCACAACAUUACAGAAACGGGAAUGAAACCAUUGGCUGGCCCAAAUCAAAACUUCCACGGUCUCAAUUAA